GCCACUCAAGCCAAAAUGAGAUGUGAAUUCUGUCCAUUGAGAAAAAACAGGUUCACUCAGAGAAAUUUUUCAACCUGUAGAUCACCGAUAUGCAAGGAACAUACAGCAAUAACUUCAUUGACCUGUCGUGAAUGCUAUGGACGUAACGAGAAUGUUUAAAGUGCGGUUUUCUUCAGCUCUAGAGGAUUCCAGAAUGAAACAUCAGAAGAAGAAACCUUCAGUUCAGAAAUUUUAGAUGAAGAAUUUUCAGUGUUUCGUUAGUAUUUUUGUUAUAGUUUACAACAAUAAUUUUUCACUAAUGUAUAGCUUAACAGUAUAAGUAAUACUAUACUUGACAACAUAA